ACCCCGGGAUCUCAGCACGUCUCCUCUAAGCACAACUGUGGCAAGAAGUCGGUGGAGGAAACCAUUUACACACCGUGCAUCUUUCGUAAAGGAACUCCGCACUCAACCACAAAGCUACAAAGAUCCUGACCCUUUUAUUUUGUUCUCACCGAACACCCAGGGUGAAAAUGGAGUGGAGUGUGAUUGUCCUGGCGUUGUCGCUUGGUUCACUUUACACAGUCCGUGCUGACUGCACCAAAUGGUGUUCGGCGUGCAACCUGGUCUUGGACAGUUCGAUCAAGUCGCUGACGUGCACUUUAGAGUGCGAAGGGGUAGUGCUGUCGACUGAUGAGUGGGAAAAGUGUGACAGGGCACUGCAGUUGUACAACUCUGACCCAUUGGGUAUUGUAGAUAAAGUUUCUUCUGACCCAGCGACGGAGGAAAACGAACUGGAACGCCUAGAGGUACUUACUAGACAGCAGAACAAUGCAAAACGCUAUGGAGGUUUUAUGAAAAAAAUUGACAAGAGCAGAGUUUAUGCACAAGCAUUGGCUCAAGAAAAUGCAUUUAACAAGGACCAAAAUCGCAAAUAUGGUGGCUUGAUGAAAAAGUUUAAUGCGAGGGAUUCAUCUGAAUUGCAGGAUCUUGAAACUGCAAUGGAGAAUAUACCAGCAGAAAAUGGAGACAUCCCCCCAACAGAAGAGCUAAAACGCUAUGGAGGAUUCAUGAAAGGCUAUGGCUACAAAAGAAGUGAGGAGCUGGCGAAUGAGGAGAAUCAAAAUGUGGAACUGCAGAAAAGAUAUGGAGGUUUCAUGAGAAGAAUCGGUAGACCAAGAUAUAAAUGGGAUAACCAAAAAAGAUAUGGUGGUUUCCUGAGACGCAAUUUUCGUGUAUCACUGAGGUCGGAUGAUGGUGAGGCCAAUGAUUACAGUGAUGAAGCUUCAGACUUGUAAAAUAGCCGGUCAUUUGAGUCUUGAUGUGAGAGUGUAGACUGUCAAAAUAGAUUCGGUAUUUAAACUCUAAAUGUAUUGUUUCAAUGCACAAAUAUUUUUGCUAAUAUGUUUCUAUUUGGCUCGCUAAAACAUCAGUUGAGCAAAUUAAUUGUAUUCUGUUGUCAAAGUUCGUGUGAAUCCAAUAAAAAUGGUCUCUGGACUGAAUGGUUUUGGUUUUGUUUGCCUUCUGUAAUAGUAUCUUAAUGUUAGAGAUGAUCUUUUAUGCUCCAUUUAAUAAAGUAAGUAAUUUCUGUGGCUAA